GGGAGCCCAGGUCAGCCAUGGAGCUGUACCUCAGCGCCUGCUCCAAGGCCGCCACCCUCGCUGCGACAGAGACAGCCACUAGCAGCCUGGUCACCGAAAGCCAGCAGUGCGGAGAUGGUGCGCACAAAACCCACUUUCCAGGCAUUGGGGCAGCUCAACUAUUGGAUAUGCCUCUGGGAGUCAAACUGCCUAUGAUCCCUGGCAGCAAUACUGUCUACUAUACCACGAAUUUAAGUGAAAAGCUUUUUCGACCUUCCUAUGGUUUCAACCUAACUGAUCCUUAUUGUCGACUUUUGGAAAAUCAAUAUAAAAGUCUCCAUGAUCCACAUUUACGAACAUACUAUAGACGCAAAGAUAUCCUGAAGCGAUUAAAGAAAGGUGGAUAUGUCACCAACAAUAAUAAAAUUGUAUGCACCUUGAGGGAAUUGAAUAAAUACAGGCAAUAUCUUACAAGCUUAAAAUUAGACUUUGAAAGAAACUAUAUAAGAGAACAAAAAAUGCUUUCCAAACAAGUUAAUAAGCUGCAGGAAAAUUGUCAAAUACCUCGACGUUCUGAAGUUGCCCGAUUCCAAAAUAUGUUGUUACAGGAAGGAACACAACCCAUUAAGGACCAGGAGCGCUUAAUAAGACACAGAUAUUUGGACAUGAUAAGUCGGGAAUUAGAGCAGCUUGAACGCACAGCAGAAGAGCAACGCUUACUCCAGCUAGAUAGAGAAGACAGAAGACAGCGUGAGCGCGCAAGAAGAAAACUUAAUCUUCGCAGAAAAAUGGAAGAGGAAUGGAAGACCAAAGAGAUGCUGCUUCUCUCGAGGAUUGGAGAGGAUGUUAGGAGGGAAGCCAGAAUAGAGGAGCAACGCCGUAGAUGCAGAGAAGAGAGUGACAGGAGGAAACAAGCCCUGCUAGAGAAAAAAAUGGCUUAUCACUUACAAAAAAUGCAAGAAAAUGGCAUUAAAAGAGACGAAGUAGAAAAAAAUGCAUUUGAUUACAAAGGACAAGAGGCAACAUACUUUGAAUCUUUUCCUCCAAAGAAGAAAAAGAAGGCUCACGACGAAGUAAAGACAGUUGAUACUGCUGGCAACACAAAAGCAAAUAAAGGAAUACCUGGACCUAUGGUAAAUAACAUUUAUGACCCUCGAAAUAGUUCAAAGAAUGUUGCCAAGCACUCAACAACUACAGUUGUUUAUCAGUCAGAUAUCCCGGAUAAUGGCACUGAAAAGGUAGCUAAAAAAUCAAGCUUUAUUGAUUCAAGAGGCACUGUAAACAUCUCAAAUCAAGAGCCAAAGGUUUCACCUCAAAAUUCACCCACAAAAGUAUUUUAUAAAUUUUCAAAGUCUUAUUUUGAUUCUCAGAAAGAUGAGAGGGAGGCAAAUCCUGUUCUUAAUGAAAGAAGAAGCAAGAAGUUAAACCAAUACCCUGAAUCUGGACCUCAGGCUCAUCCCACAUCCCAGGGUAUUUUUCCUUCUCAACAUUUCUCAAAUACGGAACAGAACCGUCUACAAAAUUGCCUGCAGGAAAAAGUAACUUCUGAGGAGCUGAAUAGCAUAAUUCAAAAUGUGAUGACGUGGGUCGUGGCUACGGUGACCAGUAUAUUAUACCCAGCCAUAACAAAGUAUGAAGAAAGAGUUCGAAGCAAUGUGUAUACAGUGUCUGAUGGAUCUGUCCUUUCGUCAGAUAGCUCCAGUUUCUGUAGCACAUGCAGUGAAGAAUUUACAUACAGAAGCUACACAUCUGCAGCGACGAAAACACUUCACGGGGAGCCCUAUGCGUUUGCAGUUGACAUAUCACUAAGGCAGCCACCCACAUCUUCAAAACCACCGUCUGCCCAUCUGAAAAGAACAGUCGUAGAGAACACACCUCAGAUGAAAGGACAGUCUGUAGCACCUGAAUGUAAAUAUAAUAGAGCCAGAAUGCUAUGUACGUACCCUAGUCUCAGAACCUGUAAAUCUGAUAGUCAGCUUCUGACAUCCUCUGACAUAAGCAAACGGAAAUCUAAAGAUGCCGCCACGGAAACAGACAGCUUGGGCAGCAGCCUGGUAUCUGACAAGAAAUUCAAAAGCGAAAUGAAGGAUUUAAGUAAUGUUUUUGUGAACUUUAAAUGUAAUUUGAAAGGGGAAACUGAAUUGGUUUUAGAAAAUAUUUUUCAGGAGAUACUGUCUGAUUUAACACAGGUCAUCCCCUCAAUUUCUUCUGUUACUGCUGAAGUAUUUGUUGACCAGAGUGAUCCUGAAAAAAAGCACUUGUUCCCCAGUGGUAAUAUCUCUUCAGCAGCUUCAGAGAUUGUGGAUAAUAUACUUGAAAAAUUACAGUCUGCAGUUGAAAAGAAAUGUAUUGAAAUCUAUUCCCAAGAAGACUUGUCUAUCAACAUGAGCCCAGGCUUACCACUCAAACCAGGCUUCCCCCUCACUAGAGAAAACCUCACUUCAGCAAAACAAAAACCUUUAAAAGCCCCACAGCAUUAUGCUUUGGAACCAAUGCGUGAUAUUGCAGAGGACAUGGUGCAUGUAAUUUUAGAAAAGCUAAUAGCUCUUGCAUCCUGUAAAAAGAAUGAACUUCCUCCUCUUGAAGAUACAACCGAGUUUUCCUGUCAGCAAAGGAUGACAGACCCAAAAUAUAUUCUCCAUAAGAAAUCUGAUAAAAAGAAAUGCAGUCCUGAACUCGAUGUGGCAAAUGUAAUUAAUAAAGAAGAAGUCCAAAAAUUAAUAUCCAGCAUUCUAUCGCAGUCCUCUUUGGUUGGCUAUGUAGAAGAAGCAAUCAGCAUGAUAUUGGGGUAUGUGCAAAAUGAACUUAAUAAUGAGAGAAUUUUUGCAUCUGAAGAGACAGUAGUACUACUCCAGCUACUUGAUGAGCUCUUCACUCAGCUCCAUAAGGAGCCAGUAAAAGCAAAUGUUAGAAAAGGUAGGCGAUCUAGAUGGAAGAAACCUGAUGUUGAAGAAAAGUAUAGACUCACAGGCACUAGACUGUGUCAGACUAGGAAACCUGGAAAGCUAUUUCCACCUAUUAAUGUGCCUGGAAUGGUCCUUUAUUCUGAAGAUGACAGUGAAGAAAUAGACAAGAUUGUAAAAAAUGUUCUGGAUUCAUCUUUCAGAGAUGAAAAAGCAAAUAUAGAAGAACAGAUUCCUCAGCAUUGGUUUACAAAAAGAAACACUGAUUUUGAACAUCAACUCAGUAGCAAGCCACCUCCACAUUUUGCCUCUAAAAAAAGCCAAGUUGCAUUUCCUGGCGAAGAAUUAAGGAAGGGGGUCUCACUCUUUACCAAUAAAGAAUUUCUGAAGGAAAAAUCCUGUUUGAAUCAAGACAUUUUCAACCAAGAUCAAAAGUAUAAAAUACAAAAGACUUCAGAAAACAUAAUUAAAAGUAUUUUGACAGAUAUGCUCAAAAAUUUCCCUUCUGCUUCUUCUGGUCAUUUAGAUGGAAAAACCGGCUUGAAAGAUGCAUUUCCUGCCUCAGAGAGACAAUUGUCUCCUCGUGAAUGCAUGGGGCAGAUAUUCUCCAUGUCAGAAAUUAGUACCGUGGCUAAAGAAAUAACAGAUGCUGUGUUAAAUAUACUGGAUAAGGCAUCAAGUUACAUUCCCAGUACCGCCAAAAUUUUCAGUUCAUCAUCAGUUCAUCAAAGUUUUAAUGAUAGUUCUGACUUGCCCCCAGGGGUCAAAGAAGGACCAAAUAAAAAACCAUUGAAAAUAUGGUUUGACAGUGAAAAGAAAAUGAAAUAUUUAUCCUCACUUAGUUCAGAUUCUUCUCAGCCUUCACUGUUGAAAUCUGAAGAAAAUGAACCUCACCCUGUAGAUGACAUUAAUGAUGAAAUCACAGACACCGUUUUCAGAAGGUUGAAAUUAUUCAUUUGUCCAAAAUUGCAAAAGGAUUUCAAACCUUCACUUGUGGACCAAUCUUCAUUCCAAGCCCAACUUAGUAACUACACAACUAAGGUAGUCAAUAUCGUUUUGCGUGCCAUCCAGAAUGAACUGGAUAUUGAUAAGAAAAAUCUAAAUGCUAAGAAGAUAGAUAACACCAAAACCAUUCCAGGGAAAAGAUCUUUGGGUAAAAAUGAUGAGUUAGAAUCCGUUCUCUUAGAGCUUGGUGAUAAGGUUAUGAGCUCCCCAUUGUUGUCUUAUAUUUGCGAUAUAUUAUCAAGCGAGCAACCAGAUAAAAGCAGUAUUCCACUGCCUUCAGAUAAACAAAGUUUCCCAACUUCAUAUGGAUUCAACAAUCUUGAUACAGAAGCCACUUUACCAAACAGACAGUAUAAAAAAUCAUUCUAUAAACAAUUGGCUACUCCAUGUAAUCUCCAUAGCAUCUCUAGUAGAGAAGGCCUCAAGAAGAACGCCAAGUUGCAAGUGUUAGAUAAUAUUGGGGAAACGCUACAAGAAAUGUUAUGUAAGUUCAUAGGGGUCCGCCCUCACUCUCAGCCUUCUUGUAAGCCAUACAGAAAAAAGAUGGAGGAGAAUCAACAAACAGCUCCUGAAUUGCAAUCUAACAUUCACCGAAUUUCUAAUGCAAUUCUGGAGUAUAUCCUUGCAAAACUGUGUGACAUUGACACGGACACCAGUUCUACAAAGCCUGGAUGCACGACUAACUCAGAGUCUCUGGAUAUUGACAACUUAUCAUUUGCUUCGAUUAUGGAUGAAAUGGCCAAAUGCACUGACAUAAUUUCUAGCAUAGUUUCCAGAAUGGGUCAAACAGGUAAUAAUGAGAUGCCUAAAUGCAAGGGGAAAAUCAUUAACCCUAUGACAUACAAAACAAGGAAGACACAAGAAAUGCACGCAAAUAAACUGAAAGCUCUCGCUUCAGAUAUUCUGAAUGUGGUUUUUGCUAAACUAGAAGGCUUCGCCAACGGAAAUAUAGAAACCCUGGGUAAUAAGAAUAAUGGAAACAAAGGCAGCAAUAGGAAGGACUUGGAAAGCGAAAGUGGCAACAUUACUGAUGUGUAUGAAGCGCCAGUGCAGUCUGCUUUAUAUAAGUAUGCAAAGAAGGUGUCAAGAACUAUUUUGAAAGCUAUUCAGACAGAACUAAACACGAAUUGGUUAGAUUUAAGGACAAGUGUAAAAACACCACCACCUGAGAAACAAGGGAUUAAGAAUCUACUGCAUUUGAUUCUAGAUGCAGUAUCCCCAGAAAUGUACAGUGAAACUGAAUCUGAGGAGAGGGGAAUCGAAUAUUACCGAUACCGGCCAACCUAUGGAAAUCAUCUUCCUGGAGGAGCUCAAUCAGAUUCAUUUCUAGAGGAGGAUACCUAUGCUGAGCAAGAGUUGGCUAGAGAGGGAACAUCAGUAAGAGAUGAGACUCAAGCAGAUUCUCUGAAACAAUGGGUUCUAGAAAGAACCUUGAACAAAAUUGAAGUGAAACUCAGAGAACCACAGAAAUCUCCAAUCAUCCCCAUUAUAAGAAAUAUUCUGAAUGAAAUUUUUCAAAGUGCUUUGGUCAAGCAGUUAAAUAUGUUUUCUCUUCCACAUGCUCAUUUAAGUGGCAUAUCUCAGAAUGUUGAUGAACCCACUGCUCAAACAUCUAUUCAAUAUGUAGAUAAAGUGCCAGGUCCUUUAGUGUCCGAAACAGAUGUAACCGUAGUAGCAGAUGACGUUGUUAGAACUGUGCUUCAUAAACUUUAUACAGCUGCCAUCACACUGAGAAAUGCAAGUGAAAGUAGAUAUAAAACCAUCACCUUUUCCACAAAUGUCUCUUUUCGGGACAACACUUAUGAAAGAAAACCAUCUAUUACGGUGCUUGAUGAGAAUCCAUGUACCCUCCAGUCCAGAAUCAGUGUUAACACGCAGACUAAUGUAAAUGUGGUUGAUGACAUUGUACAGGCAAUACUAGCAAAUUUAGAAACAUUUGCAACUUCCAAAGUAAAAGCUCUCUUCUGUCCCCAAAUCAACUUCACAGUACCAGUGCCUUUAUCGAUUCAGACCGAUAAGACCGCACUAAACAAAGCACUGUCAGCCAGAGAGUCGUAUUCUGAUGAUCCAUUUUUCUCUUGCUCAGCAGAAAAGGCCAACUCACUGUCUCCAGUCUCUUUAAGUAAAUUAAAUACAUAUGCAACAGAAGUGGCGAGAAAAAUUUUACAAGGAAUCAAACACGAGUUAGAUAAAGAGAGGGAACGUUCUUUCAUAACUCAUAGCAUUGUAGUUUCUGAGAGCAUUGCAAGUCAGAUUGUUAAUACAAUGUUAGACAUCGUUUCCUCUAAAAGCAAAUGUGACAGAAACAAUUCUGACAAAAAGAGUGAUUCAGGCCGGGAAGAAGGUGUUAUUGAAAAGCUAUUUAAUAAGAAUGAGUAUCGAAAAGUACUUCAGUUUCAAAUACAAGAUACUAUUGAAAGCAUAUUAUGUGAUAUUUACAAAGAAACACUGUCCCAGAAUAACCUCUCAUUUACCACACCUACUCUGGAAUGCAGCAUGGCUGGUACACAUAGGGAGACAAGUUCUGAAUUAUUCCUUGAGAAUGCAAAUAAAAUUAUGCCAAAACUUUCAGUUCCUAAAUCAGAUGUCAUUUUGAUGUCCAAUGAUAUAAUUGAUAUUGUUCUUCAUAAUCUCAGUUCAGCUGUAAUGCUUGGUAUCAGUGAAAAGGCCUCUACUUCUGCAAGAUUGCCCAUAGCUCUGUGUGAUAUGUUUCCAAAAGUAGACUAUCAACAGCUUCCUCUUACAGAGUCAAAACGAGAGAGAAAGGCAGAGUGCCUUCCAUCAUCCAGAAGUCUGAAAUCAACUUAUACAGAGGGUGAACAGAUAGCUGUGGUGGAGAAGAAAAACACCCAGAAAUCCCUUCCUGACCCAUGUGAGGAAAAUGCUAACUUCAUCACUAAAACUAUUUUUAACAGGUUAGAAUCUUUCGCCACAGAAAGAAUUGAUUCGUUAAUCACUCUGGCCAUCCAAUCUACAGAAAAGUCAUUUGUUAGUCAAGAAUUGGAAAACCAUACACAAGAUAACAGCAUUGUUCAUGAAUCAAGCCAAAUAGAAUCAAAUGGGGACGUUCUGAAAAUAUCAACGGAAAGUAUUUUCAGCCAAGAGCUUACAGAACCCGCUUUCACCAAUUACAGGGAGAAACUUGGGUCAACAGUACAUCUCUCAAAAGCUAGUCUUAAGGAAUAUGCUGACAUCAUUGCCAGCGCCAUUUUGAAACUUAUUAAAGAUGACUUAGACUUGGAAAUUCAAAAGGCAUACACAUAUCCAAAUGAUACUUCAUUCCAAGAAAAUAUCAUUGUCAGUGAAAUUGUCAACAGCACAUUGAAGAUUUUAUAUGAGAAGAGGUCUGUAAAUGAAAUUACUUUUUAUUCAAAAGAUAAUUCUACCUUAUAUUCACGACUCACCGUAGCGAAUGAAAUGCUACUUGGACAAAGAGAACAUGAAAGAAAUACCAGAAUAUCUCUGAUAACAAAGUAUCCACUAGAACAAAGCCAAAUGGCAUUGGAAAAGAAAAGUCAGAGAAUUGUUUUGGAAGAAAUAUUUAUGCAAAAUGAAGAAUCAAAACAAAAGGAAAAGACCGCGUUGCUUAGCUCAGUGAAAAAGGUUUUAAAUAAUGUCUAUCAAAGAAUAAAGGAAGUCAUAAGCCACUUGCCUCCAUUUAGUGAAGUGUCUCAUUUUGUACCUAAUUCUAAAAUCAAGCUAUUAGAUAUAAAGCAGAAUGACAUCUUUCAGUCACAUAGCAACAGUGUUGCAAAUGACAUGAUUGAAAGCGUUUUGGAGAAAAUGUACUUUGCGGUUGUGACAACGGUCUAUGAGGAUACAAACAGUAGAGAAGUAGAAGGAUCUGACAGUGAUCUCUCACCCAGAAAAACGCCAAGCAUGAGAGAAAGUAAGCAAGAAGGAAAAGGAAGUAAUGCCGCUAGGUGUACGGUAGCACAGGUUUAUCCUUCCGUGAGCACUCAGAAUGCCUCUCUGUCAGAAGACAGUCUACUGCAGUAUUCCCUGUUGCAAGUGGAAAAAGAUUUAGUCCAGAUGGUUCUCAUCAAAAUGGUGAAUUUUAUCUCACAUCAUCUAGAAGAAACCUUGUCCUGGGAUGGUUCUGCUGAGUUGUCGCAUGAUUCUAAAGUGAUCUUGAGGAGCACUCCUAAAGUGGGCUGUAAAGCAAGUGUAAAGGCAAGACCAAAAAUUACUCCUUUGGUGAAAUGUAAAACAAAACAGAAUCUGGUAUCUAGCGGUACAAAGGCCAAAGGGAAGGCCAAAUUAGGUACUGGGGAGAAGACACUAAAAGAUAUCUGGUCCAAGACUGUUACUGUGUUAUCACAUAUCGUACCAGCCAGUGAUGCCAAAACUUUAUUGGAAACAAAAUUGCCCACUUCAGAACUGAAGAUGCACGCCAAAGAUAUAGUAAGUAAUAUUCUGGAAGCAGUCGUGCGGGAAUUUGGAAAGGUGGAGCACACUAGAGCGAUGCUAAAUGUUAAAAGUGAUCAAAUCAGUGCAGCGUGUAAAAUAGUGGGCACGGUUCUGCAAGGAAUAUACGCCACAAGUAACCACACACUGCCUUAUCCAGCCAGAUUGUCACAUUUGGAUGAUCUCAAACUUUCAAAGGCAAAUAUAGGGGCAGAGACCCUUUCCAAGCCACGAGCAUGUUUUUAUUUGGAAAACGUUUCUUCACAGUUAGAACAGAUUUUUCCUAAAGAAGGUAUAUUUAAAAAAACAUUUGACAAGUGGCAAGCAGAUUCAAACGACAUGGAAAAUGAAAAACGUAAGCUGUUGCUGACAGCUGAAAAUAUUUUGACGGAAAUUUCAAUAAGAGCAAAAGAACUAGAGUAUUCUCUUUCGCUUUUAAAUUUGCCACAUCUCGAGGACUGUGAAAGCAAGUUCCAGAACCAUUCGAAAGGAGAUUCUUCUAGAGCUGAAGAUACCAAAGUGCAAAUUAAUAUGUUUGGCAGGGAAAUUGUUGAAAUGCUAUUUGAAAAAUUACAGUUGUGCUUUCUGUCGCAGAUGCCUGCUACAAGCAGUAAAGAAACCCUAGCGAACAGGAAUGAGCAGCACACGGCUAAGAGGGUCCUCCACAGUGUAACCCUCAGUAGCGGCAAGACACAGGAUGAGAUGUCUUUAGAUUCUAGCAAUCAGAUUGUUCAAGAGAUUGUAGAAAGGACGAUAAACAUGUUAGAGUCAUUUGUAGACCUGCAGUUUAAACAUAUCUCUAAAUACGAAUUUUCCGAAAUAGUAAAAAUGCCUAUAGAAAACCUUUUCCCUGUCCAACAGAGACUGUUAAGUAAAAAAACAUUGCCAAAAGUACAACCCAGGAGGAAGCUGUCUGAGGAGUCCAAAUCAAGCACCGUUUCUAAAGAAAAUAUACAGAAUACCCUUUUACAGGUUCACUCAUUCCAUUCAGAGUUAUUUACAUAUGCUGUUAAUAUCAUCAGUGAUAUGUUGGCUAUAAUCAAAAAUAAAGUAGACAAAGAAAUCAGUCAAGAGGAGCCAUCAUCAGUUAGCACAUUAAAAGAAAACAUUGCAGUGAGUGAGAUUAUCGGCAUACUCAUUGACCAGUGUAACCAUUUCCACGAGUCUUUGAUUCAGAACCUUCCCAAGGAAAAUUUGUUUCAAGGAACAGAAACCACCAGCUUUGUUAACCAGGUUGAAUUAGCAACAAAUAGGCAAAUGUCCACACCCCAGUUAAAGGAAGUUAGUCCCAGGAAUGUGCCUUCACAAAUCAAUGUACCUGAGUUUGUGUUUUAUUCAGAGGAAACUAUGGAAAAAAUACCUACUUCAUCGAGCUUAACUUCCUGUGCUAGAGCCUCUGUAGAGAACUCCACUGAAAGCUCCGAGCAGAUGGAGAAGCAUAUUUCAGAAAGAAUGCCAUCAAACAUUAGAUACAAAACACAAGAACACAGUUCAAGAACAUCUAACUUUGACCAUUUCGAUCAGGUCAUGGAAGGGGAUCACUCUCUCCCUGAAGGUAGUAUUUUACAAAAACUGUUUAAGAAAUCAAAUGAAUCCACAGAAGCAACAUUAAAGGAAGUGAUGGCUUUCAUAGAAAUGGGAAAAGGGGAAAAUACAAGACUGUUUCAGUAUGAGACUCCAAAACCCACUGCUGAGCCAAAUAAAAUCUACACAAGUGUUUCACCACUCAAAAUAUGCCUGGCUGCAGAAAAUAUUGUGAAUACUGUGCUAUCAAGCUACGGCUUACCAAGCCAAUCACACACUAAUGAAAACAUGGAAACGAUGAAGCCGUUUUUCGUAUCAAAUCAAAACCCUUGUUCUGUAACGUCUGCUGGACGAAAGAAAGAGGAAAAAUCUUUGACUAGACUGUGGGGGAAGAAGUUCAGCAACAUACCUGAAGAUGAAGGCAGAAAUCCUGGAGCCAGCAUGGAAGAUUUUUCCUUAUUGAAGAAAUGGAAGACUAGGCUAUGUCCAGAAGUAAAGGCUCUGAAGGAAUUUGAAGUCAUUGCUUUUGCUGAUCACGAACUGGGUCCAAAUGAAAUUCACUUGGUAGCAAGACAUGUCACCACAUCCGUAAUCUCGUAUUUCAAGAACAUGGAAACUAGGGUUUCCAUCGAGGAGAUGGUGUCUGUUAUGUCUACGCUCUCAAGGGAAAAUUAUGAAUCAAAUCAGAUCUUAAGAAAUAUUUUCAAUGAUACUUCACUUUAUCAAUUUUGUGAAUAUCUCACAGAAUCGGUCAUUGGCCACUUAAUUUCAAGCAUUUCUGAUACCACUGAAGACAGCGGAGGAAGAAAGAAAACGUGGCUAAGCAAAGAUAGAGCCUUUGACAAGAUUAUUUCUAUUGAUUCUUGUAUGUUUGAAAGCAGGUCAAUUUCUGUUGGAGAACUUGCUUUAAGCAUUUCUGAAACCAUUACUGGAAUUCUUUUUAAUAGUAACAUUUUACAGGUUGACAUUGCACAUCAAGACUUUUCUUUAAAAUCAAAAUACCUUUAUUGCUCGAGAAUAGCUGCUGUUGAUUUAGAUGAUCUCUUUCAAGACCUCUUAAUAGCAGUUAUUCAUGUACUGUCCAAAGAAAUAGGGAUGAAUCAUCACCUUGAAAGUAGUGGAAGGAAUCAAGCAUUUUCCAUGCAAAGAAACAAUAAUGCACCCCUCGGCAGCAAAAUAGAUAGCAUGGAAAGACAGAAUAGCUCCAAAUUCAGAGGACUGAAAUCACCUACCCGCCAAACGGAUCGUCUCGUUAAAAAAGGCAAAUUAAAUUAUCUGGCAUGUAAAUUAGACAACCUGGUUAGUAGCCUAAAAACUCGAGAAUCCAAAGAAAUAGUCAAUAAAGUUUUCAAGAUUGUUUUAGAUUUGUUUCUACCAGAUGAAUGUCCAAAUGAGACUAUGGAUUCUGAUAAAACAGCAAGAACCUUCUUCUUUCCUUCAAAUGAUCAGCAAGGUAACAACAGACCUGAAAAUAACCUAGGGCUCACUCCCAAAUCAGUAUUUCUUCUCAAUGUCAUUUGCGAAAAACUUAUUAGAACACUGCUGGAAAAAUGUACAAACACUGUCUGUCCUGACAGUGACUCUCUUUCUGAUGAAACAUCGGCAGAAGAACGCCAGCUUAUAAAAAUACUCCAAAGCAUAGGAGAUGAAGAGUUUGAUAAUUGCAAGAGAGCAGUGGACAGUGAACAAUUUCAAGAAGAUUUUAUGACAAACUUUUUGGAAAAUCUAGAAGAAACUGAUCAAGAUGCAUUGCCAUCAGACUGUAUGCUUACUUUUAUUUCCCACAGCUUGGUUAAGUCGCUGAUGGACAAAUUAUCUCACAGUUUACAACUCCCUCAAAACCCACCUCAUGCUAAAAAACAUUUGACGGGUGGAAAGAAACAAACACAGUCUAGCUACACAAAAGCCAAACGAUCAAAACAAACAGGAUUAGGAGAAGGUAAAGACUCUUUAGAAUCCAUAAGUGAUGACAGCAAUGCUUUGUCAAGGUCACAGGAUAGUCCCAGUAUGCUGAGAUCUAAAGUAAAUGCACCAUUUGGCAAGAAACAUUUAGUAAAUUCCUGUUCUUUAUUCCCUCCCCAAAAGAAAGAAAACAAUAUGUAUACAAUGGACCUACAUAGCAGGCCAGAUCCAGAACAUUUGAAUACAAGUGUUUAUUCAGCCACAUUUUUGGAGGACAUAAUUUCAGAAUUGUUUUUUAAUCUCUCAACUUCACUGUGUGGCCUACAUGAAAACGUUACCGAGAGCCGGCUCAAUGAGAUGAAUACAUUAUUUGUCCAUAACGUAGUACGUGAGUUUAAUAAAGCACGAGUCACUGUUUUACGUGAUCCUGAAGAAAAGCUCUAUUUUCCACCAGUCCAUAAAGAAACCAUCAGUAGGAUUGUUGAUUCAGUUUAUUAUGAUGUUUUGCAGCAAUAUCAACUGAAUGUAACCCAUGGCAAUAAACUGACCCCUGGUGACAACUCACUAGGGGAACAGAUAACUAAUGGCAUAUUGUUGGAGGUUUUAGACUACCGGCUCCCAUCUUGUUUCACGAGACAGCUAAAGCCUAGUUCAUAUCACCCACUUAAUGCUGACAUCAUACUACUGAAACUUCAAAAUAAACUGAUACAAUUCACUUCCCCACUCAGGUCUUCGACAGGCUAUAGCACCAUGUUAUCACAGUCAUUUUUAGAAGAUACCAUCCGAAGACUUUUGUCGCAGCUCAUUCCUCUACCAAGUAAAACUUCCUGUCUGAGAAACAAGCAUUUCAUGAGUUCAGAUUUUAACGAGAUGUCCACUACUAUAGUAGAUAAGGUUAUGUCAGCCAUUUCAAAACAUAAAAUUUGGUUCACUGUAUUUGAUAAUCAGGAUUUCUGUACAGAAAAAAACCUCGAAAAGAUGGUGGAUUCUGUUUAUAGUAAUAUCCUGCAGAUAUGUGACUCUCCCAUUACCAUACAAAGUGGUAUAGUUAGCCAGAGUCCAAUUGUGGUCGACCAAAUAGCCAGCCUCAUUAUCCAAGAGAUUAUUGAAAAUCAUCUUCAACCUUUUUUGUCUGGAGAAGGAUUAUCCUGCCCAAAGUCUCCGUCAGAUCCAAUAUCAUAUAUGGUUAAACAAGUUCUCAGUGAAGUCAUAAACUCUCAUAGACCGUGUUCUUCAAAUAUAUGCCCGGAUGCAUUUAUAGGGGAUGUUGUUGCCAAACUUUUGUCAAAGAUAUUUAGUACAAAAGAGAGGACUGAUUUUGCAAUGGAAAACAUAGCCCAAAAAAUAGUAAACUCAAUAAGCAGCCAUUUUGAUAAAGCUAAAAUUCACAUUCUAAACAAUGACAAAGAAAAGGCUUAUUAUCCCUCGAUUGAUACAGAUGUUGUGGAUGAACUUGUCACCUCAGUUUAUAGAAAUGUCUUAAAACAGCAUGGCCUGGACCCUGAGACUGGAAAAGAAUAUGGAAACAGCGAUAAUUUUGUGGGAAAUAUUACCAAGUUACUUAUUCCAGCAAUUUCAGACUAUUUUCUCCAUCCAUUGUUUUCUGGGGAUUCGUCAGCUUCUCCCUCUUCUGUCUCCAUAGCGGAGAAUAUUGUUCCGAACAUCCUUAGUAACAUCAGUAAAUAUACUCAGUCAAGUCAAAGCUUAUCUCCAUAUAACACCUUGUUACCAUAUACAUUUUUAGAAGACAUGAUCAGAGCACUACUAUCUAGAAUCUUUCCUGCUUUCCUAAGCAGAGAAACACCAAAAGAUACGUUGAGAGAGAAUUUCAAUGAAAUUGCCUCAAAGCUAAUCAGCGACAUUAGAAUGAAAAUUUCCCAACAUGAAAUUAGAUUUUCAAAAGACGAGGAAGAAACCAAGAUUGCUUAUUCAGAGGACGAUGUUCAGUGUCUUGUUGACUCGGUAUUCAAGAAUAUUUUACAAAGCCCUGAGUCUCAAGAAUCAUUUGAGGAAAACAUCACAAGCAGUAAUGAGACUCUUAUAGAUAGAAUAGCAGGUUUUAUCAUCAAACAUGUAUGUCAACAGCAUCUUCAGCCUUUUGUAGGAAGAAAAUCAUUGUCUUCUUCAUAUCCAUAUUUUGAUCAGAAAAAAGAAAAGCUUAAUGAAACUGUUUAUUCCUCAACUUUUUUGGAAGAUGUGAUCUCAGGGGUUUUAAACAAAAUAUUCCAUAGAGUGUUAGGCAUUGUACAAGCAAAACCAGUAAGAGAUUCCGAAGAUAAACUGCUUGAUAAAGCUGAGAACCUCAUACAUUUGAUAGCAGAGGAAUUUUCAGAAACCCACGUUAGCGUUCUAGAGAACGCUGAGGAACAAUUCUGUUUGCCUCCAGUGGAGAGGGAUGUAGUCGUAACCAUUAUUGAUAGAGUAUACAGCAAAGUUUUGCAGGAAUGCGAAUUGGAAAUAAUGCAUGAUAAAGAUUUCUUUAAUGACAUGAAGUCACUGGCUGCGAAGAUAACCAAGGUCAUCUUGACUGAAAGUUUUGAUUUCCAGAUCCCUCCAAGCAUUGCAGCAAAGAUCCCUUUUAAAUUUCACUCCAAACUCAAUACAGAUGUUUUGAUAGAGAGAAUCAAAUGUAACAUGGCUAAAUCAAAGUUACAGAAACACACCUCAUCAAUGUAUACUACUAUACUAACACAUACUCAUUUGGAAAAAAUUGUCACUCAGCUUUUAUCCCAGAUGGAUCCAUCAGUCUCUGGUGCAGAACACUCAGAAUAUUCUAAAUCAGACUUAAAUAAUACAGUAGUAAAACUGAUAAAUGAAAUAAUGUCAAUAAUUUCAAAACAUGCAAUAUGUAUUACUAAGCAUGGAAAUGAGAAGAAAUGUGUGAUUUCAGGAAAAGAUACCCAGUCUAUGGUUGACUCUAUUUAUGAUGAUCUUUUAAAUUCAGAUCUGUACCAGUCUCUCAUCAAAGAUAAAAAAGGUUUGAGUAACAUACCUGUUUCAAAAAUAGCAAGUUUUAUACUAAAGGAAAUCUUUGACCACCAUCUUCAGUCAUUUUUAUCUGAAGAUAAAACUUUCCUUUCAACAGAAACUGAUCAGACUUGUAAACAGAAAGCAAUGGAGCCUGAGGAAAGAGAAUUGUUUUCCAUCGUGAACUCAGAUGUCUUUUUGGAAGAAGUCAUUUCUGAACUUUUAAGUAAGCUCCUAUAUGCAUUCUCACAUAAUGUCUUGGCUGUUGAACACCCAGAUGUAGUAAAAGCCAAAAUUACAGAAGUUGUGACAACAUUAGUAAAUUCCAUUGUUCUAGAGCUCACCACAUCAGAGAUUUUAGUCACAGAUAACUUUGAUAGAAAUAAGUGUUUUUCAGAAGAAUAUAAGGAAAUGCGUCAAAAAACAGUCAACGUAAUUUAUGCUAAAAUACUAGAUGAGUAUAAAUCGCUUGUUCACAUAUAUAGGGCCAUACAAUGUGACACAAUUUGUUUUGGAAGGAAAAUAUACCAUUUUCUGUUAGAUGAAAUUUACGAGUAUCAGGUACAGUCGUUAAUUUCAGGACAAUUAGCGUCAUCUUCGUAUUCGGCUCCUCAAGCUGAGAAUAUUAUCAGAAAUGUGCUCAAUGUUGUGGCGAAUGAUAGCCAUGUCUUGCCAUCGUGUAUCACGAUGGUGCCUCAUUCUCUUCUAGAAGAUAUGAUUUAUAAGCUUCUAGUGAAUGCCUUUCCUCCCUCAGACACUCCAGGUGAGCUACAGAAGGGAGAGGCUUCUCCAGAUUGUGAGUUUGUAGAUGCAGCUUCAAAACUGACUGCUGAGAUUCUUGAAGAGAUUGCUGAACAUGAAAUCCGUUUGGCUACAGAAGAACAGAAUGCAGAAGGUAAGCAACUGGAAGGCGAUGAAAAUUUUGUUGAGACUAUGUGUGACAAUAUCUUGAAAAAGUCUGCAUUUCAAACUGAAGUACAGCACAAUGCGAGCAAAAAAGGAAGCUCCUUUCUCAGUAAAAUAGCUGGUUUCAUUAUAAGAGAAAUCAUGGACCAUCAUCUGAAGCCGUUUUUAAACGAUCGAGAGUCACCUUCCAGGGGUUUAACUCAUUCUAAGCAUGUCUCUGCUCUUACUAAACCUGAUAAAGAAAAAAUACAGCCUUCUAUAUAUUCAGCAAGAUUUCUGGAAGAUAUCAUUGUUAAUCUUGUUCGCAAAUUUUAUUCUCUUCUAAGUAGUAGUACAAAUCUUGAGAAAAAAGAAAUGCCAGAGCCAGACUUUGUGGACUUGGCUAUACAGUUUGCUAAGUCUCUGGUGGGAGAAUUUACAAAAAGUGAAAUUAAAGUUGUACCAAAUGCGGAAGAGGUGUUUUCUUUUUCACCAAUUGAUAAAGAAACAGUUGAUAAGAUAUCAGAUUUUGUGUAUGAUCAGUUCAUUAGUCAGUGUGGAUCGAAGGAUAUUCAGGAGAAUAAUACAAGUAACAUUUUAAUAAAAGUUAUUGCUGAAUUAGCCCAGGAGGCAAUAUCUGCUUUCAAGAUUCAACCACUCUUUUCAGGAGAUUUGUCUUCCACCAUUUUUUCGUUUCUAAAUCCAGAUAAGAUCACCAAAAGGGUACAACACCUACCACAGAAAAGCCCUACAGAGGUCAGCAGAUGCUUAAAAGAGGACCAGAUUAAUUUACUAGAGCAAUCACGUAAACAAACUUCUUCAACCACAGAUCAAAAAAUACUGUUGGACCCUUGCGAAGAUUUCAGUGCAGUGAAUAGGAAAAAAACUUUCAAAACUGAUAAAGCCUCGGAAAAAAAUGAUACCACUUCAGAUACCACUAUAAUUAAUAUUUUGAACAAUGUGGUGAACCUGUUAUCGGGAUCCACUGCAAGUGAUAAGAAAUGCCUCGAAAAUAAAAGCCCAACAAAAAAAUAUAAAGAUACAUCAGAAACUGCUUCUCCAGCUACCAAUCUGAAAAUGAAUGACGCGCAAGAGAGAAAUAUGAUUGUUGCACUUGAAAAAUGCAAAGUUGAGAACAGUUUAUCAGCUUCAAAAGGUAAGAGGCAAGGCAAUGAGGAAUUCGCACAAUCUCCAGUAGCUAUUGAUGAUGUAAAGUAUAAGGAAGUACUUGGACACAAUUUUGAAAUAGACGAUGAUAAAAUUGACAAAGCAAAAGAAACUUUUUUGGAAAAAGAUGACAAAUCCUUUCGGGUGUCUACUCUCACGUCAGAUGUAAGAACUACAGGAAGUGCAACAGAACAUCCAUUGGAAACAACCACCAAAAAAUCAAGCAGUAAGGAGAAUAAAGAUACCUCGACGCAAAUCUAUGUGUAUGAAGAACAAGACUGUGGACAAAAGUAUGAACGUGUUCAAAAUGUCAUUGAAAAUGUUUAUGACAACAUUUUAGGAAUGUUUCAGCCUCAAGAAUCAGAUCACCCAAAGUUCAAAAUUGCCCCAAAUGGAACACAAGCCCAAGGAAUUCAAGACGUUGACAAGGAUUUUUCACAGCCUGUGUCAACGAAGAAAUUGCUCCCAUCAUCUAAUCUCUGUGCCAAAGGGAAAAGAGAAAAAGAGAAGGAUGAGGAAAGAUGGGGUCAGAAGAAUGAAGAGAAAGUAAAGGGUAAGGACACUGAAAUGGAGCCCAGGAAACCAGAGAGCCCUCGUUACCCACCAAAGAGAAAACUCGGAGGGAUUUUUCCUGCUAAAUUUUUAGAAGAUGUUAUCACUGAAAUGGUUAACAGAUUGAUCUUUUCAUCUUCAGCAGAAAUGCAAACCCAUCAAAAAUGGCAAGAUUCAAAUGGUGAUGAAGAUCAAGUUGAACUGUGUAACACAGCCAUGAAGCUUAUUGACUCAUUGCUAAAGGAGUUUGCAGACGCUCAAAUUAAGGUGUUUAAAACAGAUAAUGAAAGUAAUUUUCUUCCCAAAAAAGAUAAUAUACCAUCAGCUCCUCAAGUGCUUCCUAGUCACAGAGAACCAACUAAAGAUGAGGCAAGGGCCAGCAUGAGGCAAAGCACAGUGGGUAAAAUACCGUAUACAAAUAAAAUUGGAAAACAGUUUCUCGAUAAAACACCAGCAACCGAUAAAACACUAGUUAACAGAAUUGUUCAUGCGUCUGUGUGCAACGUUCUGAAGGAGUAUAGAUCACAAGAAUCCAUUUGUAGGAAUAUAGAGAGCAAUGAGGGAAAUUUAGCCAGAAGACUAACCAGCGCGAUGAUAAAAGAAUUUUUUCAAAAUAAGCUCAAUUUGUCAUCUUCCGAUGAGAUUUCAGCUUCAACAUGCUUGCCCCUAGAAUCGAAGGAUAUCGUUCAAAAUUUCCAAAAGGUGAUUCAAACAACAAGCAGAGAAUGUCAGACAUCCACACCAUACAUAGUCAUGCUGACUCACGAAUUUUUAGAGAAUGUCAUUUCUGCUCUUUUAUCGAAAAUUUUUUCAACAAUAUCCAACACUGCGGUGGAAACAUCUGAGGAUGAGUGGCUCACAGAAAAGGAUUUUCUUCAAAUGAAGUUAUUAAGUACAAUUAAAGCAGAAAUAUCCAAAGAUGAAGAUAUGAUCAUACAGUAUGUGGAGUCCUUACAUCACAGUGAUGAUGAAAUUAUUCAGCUAGUAGUUCAGUCUAUUUAUAAUAAUCUCUUGUCACAGUUUGGGUCACAUGAGAUCAUACAAGAGUGCAUAUCCAGUGGAUGCAAAAUUCUUUCCGAAGCCAUAGUUAAUUUAGUCCUACGAGAAGUGGCUGGGAAUCAGCUACAGAACUAUUUCUCUGGAGAACUAACGCCCAAUCAGUAUGCAGAAAUUGAUAAUGUCGUUGACAACAUCCUUAAAACUGUCAUCCAAACAGCUGAUUUUCCAAAACGUGACUUUCCGUCACAGUCUCAUGUACUGCCUUUCAACAUCAUUGAAGAAAUUGCUGUCAAAUUUUUAUCAAAGCUCCUAUCAGUGUUUCCAAAAUUAGACAAUGAAAGAAACAAGUCUCUAGAAAUGGAAAUGCAAAAAAUAACUUCCAAAAUACUAAAUUCAGUCCAAGACUUUAUAUCCAAAAGUAAAAUUAAGCUUGUGCCACCAGCCAGGGAGCUGCUUGCUGCAGCCGAUAAUGCAAUUAUUGAGAAAGUCGUUAAUUCUGUUUAUACCAAUGUAUUAAAGCAUUCUGGCUCACAUACGUCUGUGUUUAAAGAUUUAAUGGGUAAAAGCAAUGUGCUCUCUGACAUAAUAGGUUUUUUAUUGGUGAAAGAAAUUUCCAAUUCCAAAUUUCAACCCCAAGUAGAGGAAGAAGUAUCAAACUCAGAAUUAGUUCUAGAAGCAGUCAAAAUCAUGGAAAAGGUGGUCAAAAUUGUUGAUGAAUUUAAGUCCAAGGAAAAGUUUUCAUCCAAAAAAGUCUCUAUGUUAGACGCCAAAUUUUUAGAAGAAGCACUGGCUUUGUUCAUGGCGAAGAUAAUAAGGUUGUCAAGAGCCUCAAGCAAAGAUAAAAAAAUCUUGUCAAAGACUGAGUUAAAUAAAAUCACAUCUCAACUGACAAAAUCUGUGACAGCUGAAAUUGCCAAAGAUGAUAUUAAUCUCAUUGCUGCUGACCCUGAAGAUCAGUCUUUAAAACCAGAAAGUAUAGAAAUAAUUUCUCAGGUGAUUGACUCGAUUUACAGCGAUGUGCUGAGACAAUCUGGAAGUCAUAAAGAACUUUAUCAUGACAUAAAAGGGGUAAAUAAAGUCUUCCCUAAAGAAGUGGCUAGUUUAAUUGUUAGGAAAGUUUCAAAUUUUUCUUUAGAUGCAGGCAACUUAAAAAAAUCCAAUGUAGGCCUCUUUAGAGAUCUAGACGUUAAUAGAAUCGUUCAAAAGGCACAGGAGUACGCUGAUACAAGGAGUCCAGAAUUAGAAGAGUCAGAUAUAGAUACUGAAUCUGAAGAUGAACCAAUGAAAAUAGUUCCAUAUAUUGGUAACAAACCAAUCAAAAUAGAUCCACUAAUUAUCUCAGAACAUUUAGCAGUGAUUUCUGUAAAAACUCAACCUAUUGAGACAUUAAAGAAAGAAUGUUUAAGAAAUACUGGACAUAGCAUAGCAGAACUGAGAAGAGCAUCAAUAAGUGGCAAAACUUACCACCCGUUAGUUUCAUCUAAUAUAAAUAUAAAAAGAGAAAGACGAAUAUCAUUGGAUAGAACGGGUCGGCUGGCCACAAAACCCUUUGAGGCUGUUUGCAGAAAUUCAUUUCAGAAUAUAAGAAAGCCUGAUAUCACUAAAGUAGAGCUUUUAAAAGAUGUCCAGUCCAAAAAGGAACUCAUCAUCCGGUUAGUCGCUCAUGAUAUUGAUCCAGAGUACACAGAAAUUAACAGCGACGAUGAUGAAAAGGAAGUCGUCUUAAGAGAAACUGUACAAGAAAGUUUAGAACAAGUAACGGUGGCCAUGGAACCAGUAGAAGACAAAGUCUCUCCCAAACCAAUGUUAAGCACAAGCAGCCUGAAAAAAUUUUUGUCACUAAGCAAAUGUUGUCAGUCCACAUCCAUUGUAAACAUUGAAAGCAUUAAACCGGCACAUUCAAAUCGCGUAACAGAAUCUGAGAGAGAAGUUAAGAGAGCAGUCGCCGAGCUUGAUAUGGCCAGCUGUUCAGCGGUGACUCAGACCCACUUGUCUUGGGAGAAAAAGACGCAGCAAAAGAAGGAAGAAAUGAAUAUUGCCGCAGAACCAACACAUUACUUCAUCCACAGAAUCAUGAGUACAUCUUCCUACAACCAAGAAGAUCUGAUUUCAUCUACUGGUGAAAUCGAAGAUGGUGGCCUAGAUGCAAGUGCUAAAGUCUCAGAAGGAAAUUCUCAGGAAAACACUCUAGAGAAUUCAGAUAGUGUUAAGUUUAUUACCAUCUUUGAAGGAAAUAAGAAUAAUCUGGGCAAUGCACAGCCUUCAAAAGGCAUCAUUUCAGAAACCCCUAAGGCAAGUAUUUCCAAACAAGGAUCUCAAAUGCUUGCAAAAGUAUCUUCAGCAUUUUCAAAGGUGUUUUCUCAAACUAACACUAACAUUUUCAAAUCCUCAUCUCAUGACCAAGAUGAACACUGAACUUUGUAUAUCUUUUCUAUGCCCACAUUCUCUAAAAAAAUAAAUUAAUAAUUAAAGCAUAA